UUUCUAAUUUAUUUUUGGUGUCAAAAGACAUUGAUGAAGAUAUUUUCUCUGGAGUCUCCUUCCUCUCUAACCCGUCUCUCCCGAUGUGAACCGAGCGACUCACAAGCCACCGAAGCCACCAACCCACCAUGUCGCGCCGCAAGCAAGGCAAACCCCAGCACUUAAGCAAACGGGAAUUUUCACCCGAACCUCUCGAAGCCAUUCUCACUGAUGACGAGCCCGAUCAUGGCACGUUGGGAGCUCCAGAAGGGGACCACGACCUCCUCACCUGUGGCCAGUGUCAGAUGAACUUCCCGUUGGGGGACAUUCUUAUUUUUAUUGAGCACAAACGGAAACAAUGCAAUGGCAGUCUCUGCUUAGAGAAGGCUGUGGAUAAGCCACCUUCACCCUCACCAAGUGAGCUGAAAAAAGCAUCCAAUCCUGUGGAGGUUGGCAUCCAGGUUACGCCAGAGGAUGACGAUUGUUUAUCAACGUCAUCUAGAGGAAUUUGCCCUAAACAGGAACAUAUAGCAGGUAAAGAUGAGCCCAGCAGCUACACGUGUACAACUUGUAAACAGCCUUUCAACAGCGCCUGGUUUCUCUUGCAACACGCACAGAACACGCACGGACUAAGGAUCUACUUAGAAAGCGAGCACGGCAGCCCCCUGACGCCACGGGUUGGUAUCCCAUCAGGACUAGGUGCAGAGUGCCCUUCCCAGCCACCUCUCCAUGGGAUUCACAUUGCAGACAAUAACCCUUUUAACCUGCUCAGAAUACCCGGCUCCGUCUCGCGAGAGGCGUCGGGCCUGGGCGAAGGGCGCUUCCCACCCACGCCUCCCCUCUUUAGCCCUCCCCCAAGGCACCAUUUGGAUCCGCAUCGCAUAGAGCGCCUGGGUGCGGAAGAAAUGGCUCUGGCCACCCAUCACCCUAGUGCCUUUGACAGGGUGCUGCGACUGAACCCCAUGGCGAUGGAGCCGCCGGCUAUGGAUUUCUCCCGGCGCCUGCGGGAGCUGGCCGGCAACACCUCCAGCCCGCCCUUGUCCCCGAGCCGGCCCAGCCCUAUGCAAAGGCUGCUGCAGCCCUUCCAGCCGGGCAGCAAGCCCCCGUUCCUGGCCACGCCGCCCCUUCCUCCCCUCCAGUCCGCGCCUCCUCCUUCCCAGCCGCCGAUCAAGUCCAAGUCGUGCGAGUUCUGCGGGAAAACCUUCAAGUUUCAGAGUAACCUAGUCGUGCACCGCCGAAGCCACACUGGAGAGAAGCCCUACAAGUGCAACCUCUGCGACCACGCGUGCACGCAGGCCAGCAAGCUGAAGCGCCACAUGAAGACCCACAUGCACAAGUCGUCUCCCAUGACGGUCAAGUCAGACGACGGGCUCUCCACGGCCAGCUCCCCGGAGCCCGGGACCAGCGACCUCGUCGGCAGCGCCAGCAGCGCCCUCAAAUCUGUCGUGGCCAAGUUCAAGAGCGAGAACGAUCCCAACAUGAUCCCGGAGAACGGGGACGAGGAAGAGGAGGAGGAGGAGGAGGAGGAGGAGGAGGAAGAGGAAGAAGAGGAGGAGGACUUGAAUGAGAACGAGAGGCCGGACUACGGCUUCGGGAUGAACCUGGAGGCGGCCCGUCACCACGAGAACAACUCCCGGCCCGGCGAGGAGAGCCGGUCGAUGCCGGACGUCAUGCAAGGUAUGGUCCUGAGCUCCAUGCAGCACUUCAGCGAGGCCUUCCACCAGGUCCUCGGGGAGAAGCAUAAACGAGGGCACCUCUCCGAGUCCGAGGUACACAGAGACACUUGCGACGAAGACUCGGUGGCCGGCGAGUCCGAUCGCAUUGACGAUGGCGCGGUGAACGGCCGGGGCUGCUCCCCGGGGGAGUCCGCCUCCGGAGGCCUGUCCAAAAAGCUGCUGCUGGGUAGCCCCAGCUCCCUGAGCCCUUUCUCGAAACGCAUUAAGCUCGAGAAGGAGUUUGACCUGCCCGCCGCGGCCAUGCCCAACACCGAAAACGUUUACUCCCAGUGGCUGGCCGGGUACGCUGCCUCGCGGCAGCUGAAGGACCCGUUCCUCAGCUUCGGCGACUCCAGACAAUCGCCUUUCGCCUCCUCCUCCGAGCACUCGUCGGAGAACGGCAGCUUGCGGGGGAGGCGGGAGGGAGGGACCCCGGGCCGCAGCGGCACGGGAAGCGGAGGGAGCACCCCACAUAUUAGUGGCCCGGGCCCUGGAAGGCCCAGCUCAAAAGAGGGCAGACGCAGCGACACUUGUGAGUACUGUGGGAAAGUCUUCAAGAACUGUAGUAAUCUCACUGUCCACAGAAGGAGCCACACAGGCGAGAGGCCCUAUAAGUGUGAGCUCUGCAACUACGCCUGCGCCCAGAGUAGCAAACUCACCCGGCACAUGAAAACCCAUGGGCAGGUGGGAAAGGACGUUUACAAAUGUGAAAUUUGUAAGAUGCCUUUUAGCGUGUACAGUACCCUGGAGAAACACAUGAAAAAAUGGCACAGUGAUCGAGUCUUGAAUAACGAUAUAAAAACUGA